AUGCGACGGGUUAAAGACAAUUGGGUCAACGCUACGCAAAUUUUGAAGUGUUGUAAUUUUCCCAAAGCGAAGAGAACGAAAAUUUUGGAAAAGGGGGUCCAACAAGGAUUACACGAGAAAAUCCAAGGUGGAUACGGAAGGUUCCAGGGGACUUGGAUUCCAUUGGAAGAUGCCCAACAGUUGGCAGCGAACUAUGGUCUUUCUCCAGAAAUGGCCCCCGUGUUGUAUCUUGACCUCGAUAUGAAUACGGUUCUUCCCAAAAAGGCACGCCAACUUAACAAAGAUGGCACCCCCGUAAAGCGCAAGUACGUAAAACGAAGCAAGCCUGGUGACACACCGUCAAAGAAACCUCGAAACGACAUGGAUUCAUCAAUGAACCAGGAGGCUUAUCGUAUGCAACUAAUGGCGGCCGCUCAACCCAGACCGGGCCCUACGCCUGCACCAAUUCCGCAAACUGGUAUGCCCUAUCAAAAUUACCAAAAUGACUUCAUUGGUGGUAUGGUACCACCAGCAGUCUCCCAAUCGUCAAUUCAAAGUGAGUACCAAAACUAUCAACUCCAAUUUCAACGAAUGCAACAACAACAACAAUCUCACCCACAGCCAGCGCUUCCACAGCAGGCUUCCUUUUACCCACCCCAGCAGCCUAUGUUAAACUAUCAACACACCAAAGCUUCACUGUCGCAGUCUACAAACGAAACAAACUGGUCCUACGAUGAGCACAAGGACUCAGACACGUCGGAAUCAUCCAAUGACGGCACCAAAGGCAAGAACACUGAAUCUUACGCUUCCCAGAUACUAAGAUUUUUCACCGAAGAAAAUGCACCCGUUCCAUUUUUCAUCCAUAACCCACCAUACGAUUUCAACAUCAAUGAAGCAAUAGACGACGAGGGACAUACUGCCCUUCACUGGGCAGCUUCCAUUGGAAAUUACCAUAUGACCCACCUUCUCAUUUCCAAAGGUGCUAACCCAUUGGAAGUGAACAACUUUGGACUCAAUCCAUUGUCAAAGUUGAUCCUGUUUAAUAACUGCUUUGAGAUGAAGAACUUUCCAAAGAUGUUAGAUGAAUUGGAACUAUGUCUAAUCAACACCGACAGCAAUGGCAGGACGCCGAUUCAUUAUUUAUGUCAAUUCUCUUCCAUGGAGUCAAAGUAUGAGAGCUUUCGCUAUUACUUGAGUGUGAUGGUGGCCAAAUUGACGAGCAUACUGCGUGCCGAUGCCAACUCAGUUAACUUGUUGAAAAACGUUCUUGACCAUCAGGAUGUGAAUAGAGAUACUUGCUUGCAUUUGGCCGCAAGAGCAGGCUCGGCAAAGCUUGUGAGAAAGCUCCUUAGCCAUGGGGCAAGAGAUGAUUUACCAAACGUUCAAAACGAGACCGCCAAGCAAUUGAUAAUGAAGCUCAACAUCAUGGGCGACAAUUCGAAUCAACUGCUCUUGGUAACUCCAAUGCAACCUCUGUACAAUGCGAUACAUACACCCGAUACGCAGCGCACAACCUUACAAGAAGAGGGAGAUGACGACAAGAUCAAGCUCGACGACAACAAGGAGAAUAUCUUUAUGGAUGAAACCAUGAAGUCGUCUUUUGAAGCUAUGUCAACACCCACGCCAGAUAAGAAUGGACUUCACCCCACAAAUAGACCAUUAACGAUAAUAUCUGAGCGAACAGUCGAAAGCACACCGAUCAAGGGAGAAGACCACAAAGUAUCACUAGGAGCUGCCAUAACCCAGACCUAUUCACCGCACCCUCCGAAGUUAGACAAAGAUGGGAAAGUUGUCGAAGAUCAUGGCAGCAGAAAGUUGUCUAUGCAAGAUCUUUCUUCCAUGGUGAAUGGGAUGCUCAAUGCACUUUCAGAUUCGUAUAACCUGCAAUUGGCGAAGCUCAAACAGCAGCAACUUACGCUUGAAUCCACUAUUGCUGAGAAGAGGGAGAUAAAUGAAAAGUCGGAGCAAUGGUUGAACACAUUAUUCCAGACCUAUUUCGAUCACGUGGAAUCCAAUGAACAAGGCAAACAACUUACUGACGAAAAGAUCAAGGAGUACGAGGACACUAUCGGUAUAAAAGUACAGUCAUUGCAACGAACGUUGGAAAAGAAGGACGCAUACCGAUUGGCCAAUAUGGUGGAAGUUCAUGAAAGUCAGAUAAAUGAUGAAACGUCACCAGAUGACAGUAAGAAGUUUGAGCUUGCUACAAAGCUAACAAAGCUUCAGUACAAAAGGUCACGACUCCUAACCGACACUGUAGCAGCAAUUAAGAAUUACGGGAUUGAUUCAAAGCUCUACAAGUAUAAGAAAUUGAUCAGUUUGAGCAGCAAUUUGAAGGUGGAAGAUAUCGAUGGGCUUAUUGAUGGCAUAGAAGAAUCCUUGAUGGAGGCUUCCUAA